AUGAAGGUCGUUGUCGUCCUCAUCAUCAUUGUCUGCUCCCCCACUCACAGCAGCUUCUGGCAGUUUCAGAGGAUGGUCAAACAAGUCACAGGGCGGAGUGCCUUCUUCUCGUAUUACGGAUAUGGCUGCUACUGCGGACUUGGGGGCAAAGGGGUACCCGUGGAUGACACAGACAGGGACAACCCCUCACCUCCCUCUUGUCUGGUCCCUAGGUGCUGCCGUGAGCAUGACUGUUGCUACAAGAAGCUGAAGGAGUUGGGCUGCCAGCCUGUGCUGAACGGCUACCAGUUCCACGUAGUCAACGGGACUGUGAUCUGUGGAUGUGCCCUUGGCCCUGGCAUUGGCUGCCUCUGCGGGUUGAAGGCCUGUGAGUGUGACAGACAAUCUGUGCGCUGCUUCAAAGAGAGCCUGCCCACCUACGAGAAAAACCUCAAGCAGUACCCCAACUGGCCCCGGUGUGGCCAACAUAAACCCCGUUGCUAG